GCAGCAACAGCAGCAGCAACAGCAACAACAACAGCAAGGAUACUCGAUGACUGUGUCUGGAGCCCCCCAGACUGGGCAAUUUGUAGGCGCCAGUGCCACGCACGACGAUGUGGGAACUUUCAAUGGUGGCAGUUACAGAAUCAGUCAUCGUGACUCCAACACUAUUCUGACCAUCCAACUCGCCAUGGGUUGCCCUGUUGCCGCCAAACCCGGCGCCAUGAUUGCCAUGUCCCCAACCAUCACGCUCAAAGGUCAGCUCAAGUUUAGCAUGAAGAAGGUCAUCUCAGGCGGCGACAUUUCUAGCUCAACCUUCACCGGGCCCGGCGAGCUUCUGCUGGGGCCGCACAUGCUCGGCGACAUCACUAGCUUGCGACUGGCGGGCAAGGAUUCCUGGUCCGUAGGCCAUGACGCCUAUCUCGCAUCGACGCAAGGCAUCAUCAAGGACUCUAAGCGGCAGGCCCUUAGCAAGGCCAUUUUCAGUGGCGAGGGACUGUGGGUGUAUAAGAUCAGCGGCACAGGACUACUGUGGCUCUCAAGCUUUGGAGCCAUUAUUCGCAAGGAUCUGGUUGAAAACGAAAAGUACAUUGUCGACAACGGCCAUCUGAUCGCGUGGAACACCAAGUACGUCAUGGAACGAGUGGCAUCGGGCGGCAUCAUCUCAGGCCUGGCUUCGGCCGAGGGCCUUGUGUGCAAGUUUACCGGUCCCGGAACCAUUUACAUGCAGACUCGGAAUGCGAGAGCUUUCAGUGCCUACAUGGGAGGGCAACAAUACCAAGGGUAAGACCACGGCCUGUGGUAGGCAGGAAGGGGCGAGAGUGUAUAUGUCGACCGACGCAUCAGGAGCAAGAGUGGGGUAUAUAGAUCUUGCAUUGCACCCGGAUUGGAUAUGUUGGCGCCGGUGCCGUGUUGUAUUUCAGCCUGGAGUACCUUAGUUUGAUACCUGGAACGCAUUCGUUAAUAUCUUUCUCCAUUGUGCGUCAUUCGGCUCGUCAGUUCUUGGUCCGGCAGUACCAAAGCAACAAGUAGGAGAGUCAGCCUUUGAUAGCUUGCUAUUAUUACUUUGCGAUUCCAAAA